CACACUCGUUCCUUUGUUUAUUUUCAAACAAGAGAGAGAUGGGAAGGAAUAAGAAAGGAGAACCUCCCUCCGUUCGGGUUUACACUGUGUGCGACGAGUCCAGAUACUUGAUUGUUAGAAAUGUACCAGCUUUAGGAUGUAUUGAUGAGCUUGUCAAAUUGUUUGGUUCUUAUGGACCAAUAGAUGAGUGUAGAUAUAUGGAUGAAGAAGAGAGUGAGCCCUACACGGAUGUCUGCUGGAUCAAAUAUGUACAGGUCAGCAAUGCUAGGUUUGCAAAGAGAAAGCUUGACGAGCAUGUUUUCUUUGGGAACCGAUUACAAGUUUUCUAUGCUCCCCAGUAUGAGAGCCUUUCUGACACAAAGGAGAAGUUGGAAGUAAGGCGAAAGGAAGUUUUGAGCAGAUUAAAUUCUGGACAGCCUAAAAUGCCAAAAUCACAGGGUUCAAAAAGCAGGUGUAAUCCAGAUAUAUUUGUUGGACCUUUACUGGCUCCUUCUCAUUCACAGACAAGCUUUGUUCUCCCACAGAUUGCCUCUUAUGAUGGUGUUUCUGUGGAGUCAGCACGAGAAGAAGGCUUAGAAGAUUCUCCAGUCAGAAGGCUGCCAUCGCAAGAGUACUUCUCAUCAUCGUCAAUGAACGAGACUGUUCAAUUGGUCCGGGAAAAGCUCGAUGAGAUACAAUCAUGUGGUGACAAUCAAUUUUCUGUAACCGGUGUUCAUCUUCAAAAUGCCCAAGGAGGGCCGGCCUUGAAGAAGUUACGUGUGGACAAUAGGAGGAGAAUUUGAUCAAUCGGAAUUUAUUCCAAUGCUUUCACUGGAGAUGAAACUUGCUCAUAGCAAUUAGAUGUCAAAUUGGAUCAUUUAGGGGUGCGUCAUGAAGUUUGAGAAUUUUUUCUUUUGUUGAACUUCGAGUCUAGUUAAUGAUACAACUACCCAAUUCAAAAUCUAAUGGACAAUACUGAUUGACAUCUUUGUACAAAAAGUAAAUGAUCCCUUUGUAUACUCUUAAUUAAUUUAACUUUUAUCUUGAUUAGUCCUUGCAAUAUUCUGGAAGGAAAAUGAACCUAGGAAAAAAGAAAGAAAAAAAGAAUGAAAGCUAGCUACCACAAAGAAAAGUGUGACAAAAGAAGAUGACAAUAACAAAGGAUUCGUAUUGCAAAUGAUACUUCAGUGAAAAUAUAAGCGAGUAGUAUUUGAUUCUUUUCCUUUGUUGUUAGGGGAAGAGGAUGCUUCAGUGAAAAUCAGGGAGUUAAUGAAGAAUUAGGUUCCAUGUCCAAGUAUCCUUGGCCAUAGACUGGUGAUUAAUCAGUCCCAAUGGCUGAGGGAUGUCAAAGAGCAUUGUAGCUUCCUUUUGUGUGUGUGAGAGAGAGAGAGAGAGAGAGAGAGAGAGA